AUGAAUUUAAUCUCCGCUAUUAUAUUUUUCAUUGCCAUUGUUGUCGCUGUAAAUUGCCAAUGUCCUCAACGACCAGCGCAACCAACUUGUGGAGAUGACCUACACGGCGGCCACACUGGCACUAAUUGUUACGGGAGGACAAUGUGGUGGUAUGACCGCGGCACCAACAAUUGCAUGUCUUUCCCAUAUCGAGGCUGUGGUGGCACUCGUAAUCGUCAUUGCUCCAGGGCGGAAUGCCUACGCCUUUGCAGGGUUUAAAAUUGAUUUGUAAAAAGACGA